AUGGAGCAGCUCGUAGCCAGGGCAAAUGAAACAUUGGAUCUGAAGCUGAAGGGAGUCUGUUGUAUCACGGUCUGCUCACCAUCUCUUAAUAACAUUUUUUUGUUGUUGUUGUUCUUUUUUGCAGAAGCCUUCAAAAUUGUAGUGUGGCAUGCAAGAAACUUCAACAGCAUGUUUAUGACCUACUACCAGAGCAUGGGGCCCAGGGCUCUUAAAUUUGUUGGAGUUUUUACUGAUAUCUUGCUGUACAUAUUGGGCUCUGACAUCACUGUCAAUGACAUGAUAAUAAUUUUUGACAGUUUAUUCCCUUUGGUUUACUCUCACUUGAUUACUCCUGGCUUCCCUGCUCCCUCUGUGGAAAUGACUGAAUGUCUGCGGGCAGCCAGGAGAGACCUCAAAGUCUUUGGGAACUACCCGAAGACGAUGAUGACACAGGUGUCAAAGUCCCUGCAGGCCACACGAGUCUUUCUGCAGGCGCUGAACCUGGGGAUCGAGGUGAUAAAUACUACUGACUACCUGAAAUUCAGCAAGGACUGUGGGCGGGUGCUGCCGAAGAUGUGGUACUGCUCCCACUGCCAGGGGCUGCUCCUGGCCAAGCCCUGUGCCGGCUACUGUGGGGCAGUGAUGCAGGGAUGCCUGGUGGGCGACCUGGAGAUCCAUAAUCUCUGGAAGGAGUACAUCGAGUCUCUGGAGGGGCUGACCAGAGGCAUGCACGGCGUCUAUGACAUGAAGCAUGUCCUCCUCAGCCUGUACUCCAUGGUGCACCAUGCCGUCGUCCACAUGCAGAAGAAUGAAGGGAAACUCUUGAAGGCUAUCAGCCAGUUAUGUGGCCAUGCUCAGCAGAGGCAGAUUCAGUCAGCUAAUUAUCCAGAAGAUCUUUUCAUUGACAAGAAUGUCCUGAAAGUGACUCACAUUGAGCAAGAAGAAACUUUGUCUUUUAACCCUUCCUCUUUAUGGUAUGAAUCCUGCACGUGCCUGCCUCUGUUAACCGGGUUUUAUAUGGUACUUCCCAAAGUCGUAGCCAACAAUUUUCAAACAGUUUCAUCCUCCCUCCUUUGUCUAGGUGGUUUUGACAUUAUGUUGCAGUACAGUCCCCAGAUCACAAGGAAUGGAGAAAAAGCUCAGGCUGACAACCGUGAGGUUAAGAUGAAAGGUCCAGAGCCAGUGAUCAGCCAGAUUAUUGACAAGCUGAAACACAUCAACCAGCUGCUCAAAGGGAUGACUUUGCCACAUUGAAAAGCUCCAGGAAAAACCGCAGAGGAGGAGGAGAGCAGAGACUGCGAUGAUGAAAAUGAGUGCAGCAGAGGCUCUGGGGAUGGAGAGCUGCGAGUGAGGAACCAGCUCCAGUUCUUAGCAGAGCUGACAUAUGACCUGGAUAUGGAUGACAUCUCUGCAAAUAAGCAGCUUCUAAAUCAGCAAAGCAAAGAUGGUGCUGCAGUCGCCAGCAGCGACCCUGGGCGUGCGGCCACCCACCCCAGUCCUGCUGCUGCCAUCACCCUGGUCCUUCCACUGCUGCUGGGCCACCAGCCAUGA